AAGAAGAGGGAGAUGGUUUUGUCUACCUCAGAAAAUGUUUAGAAAUUAUAUUUGUAGGGCUGGGGAGAUAACAUAAUGCCGAUGCAAAAAACGUACACACCUGAGACUCUAAGGUCUCAAGUUCAAUCCCUGGUAUCACCAUAAACCAGAACAGGGCAGCACUCUGGUUAAAAACAAUUGACAGGGCACUUGCAUUGCCAUGCUGGUAAUCCAGGUUUGAGCCCCUGGUAUACUAUAAGGGACUACUGCAGUCUCUUUCUCUUGCUAUCUGAAAAAAAAGAAAAGAAAAGAAAAGAAAGAAAGAGAAAGAAAGAGAAAGGAACUACAUUUUCCUGAAUCACUAAAGAAAGACUGGGAGUUACAAAUGAGUAGAAAAUUAACCAACCUAAUUGUGAGUUUAACAACUUCAUUGCAGGGAGAAUUCAUUGGUUGAACCUUGGUCAAAUUAUGGGCAAGGUAUUAGAAGGAUGAGGUUUGGAUUCCAAUCUGUUUAAAAGCACAACAGCCAUCUUAACCAAGCCCUUAUUUUCCUUGUAUACCAUGGACAUUAUUGGAACCCUAUUUUCUUUUGUGGAUCUGAUCAGCUCCUGUUGUGAGCCAAAACCUGGUACACUCAUUUCUUCCCCCUGGAGGUGCAGUAAUUAGGAGGCUUCUGAGGCUGCAGAAAUGGAACUUGGAUACUGGAGGAUCUCUCUGCUGCUACUGGUUUCCCUGGUCCUAGCAAAUCAUUUGGAUCACUUUCAAGGGUGGAAAGGUUUUGAGGAGAAGCCCAUGAGCAAGAAAAACAUGAAUUUGACACUCAAAUUCUUCAUUGAAAGUUACAACAAUGCAAGCAAUGACACCUACUUAUUCCGAGUGGACAAGUUACUCCGAAGUCAGAUGCAGUUGACAACAGGAGUGGAGUACAUAGCCACUGUGAAGAUCAGUCGGACCAAGUGCAAAAAGAACAAAGGGAGGAAUAACACUUGUGCCACUCAAAGCAAAAAGAAGCUAAAAAAGAGUUUAAUUUGUGAUUUUUUUAUAUACACUGUGCCCUGGAUGAACUUUUAUGAACUCUGGAACAACUCGUGUCUGGAGGGCUAAGUGUGCUGUGCAAAGAUGUUCCAUGAAACUUUCA